UUUUCCUCAGCUUUCUACCUUUUCUGUUCCUGUGUUUGUCGGCACUGUUCGCUGUCAGCGAUGAUCAAGUUACCGCGUACGGAUGACUGCCUCCCAGAGUCAAUGGGACUCUCUGCUUCGAAUUCGCCGAAACAUGAUCUAUUACAGGAGCUAUCAAUCGCUCUUAAUGUUUCAACACUACAAUUGGACUGUACUGCGAGUUUUAUAAGGAAUGGUGGAGACUCACUAUCGGCUAUCAAGGUAGUCUCAUCCUGUCGCUCGAGAGGGCUGGAUAUCACUGUAGCUAUGUUGAUGAGCAGUGGAACCAUCAACCACCUGAUUGAGAACGUCAAGUCUCUGCACAGCCUUUCUAUCUCCCCGGAUAUCUUACCUGGCUCGUCUCAAGGAAGCAAAAGAAAAUCCUUGACUGAUAGUAUCCACGCCAUACGAACAGAGAACCAGAAAAGGCCCAAAACUUGUGAAGCAACGCAUACGCAGCUAUCUCUUAUUCACGGAAGUAAGACGCUUGCUGGCCGGAAUGUUGUACAAUACUUUGAGACAUAUCACACAAAGGACGUACACAGAAUUAGAGACGCAUGGCGGGCUGUAGUCGCUUCUGAACCAAUAUUCCGAACUACCUUCCGCCCAUCAAAACAAAAUCUUCAGCUUGUGGAGCACGACGACGCCGCCAAAUUUGCAUGGGAAGAAAUCGAAGCAAAUAGUCCUGAAGAUGCCCGAUCUCUCCUCAAUGAUCACCACUUUAGCACUGACUUCGUUGGUGCCUCUUUCAAGGUCGUUCAUUUCCAAUCGGAUGCGGGAAUCAGGAAGAGUACUGUGAUUUGGAGCAUUCAUCAUGCCUUGAUCGAUGGUUACUCGAGUAUGCUUAUCUUGAACAAUCACCGUAACUCGCUGAAGAACCGGCCCGUUCUUGCUGGUAUCUCAUUUACUCGCUUGAUGAGCCAAUUCGCUGCGACCCGCGGUCUUUGGGAGUCAGAAGGAAGAUCAUUCUGGGCCAGUCAGAAGAUUGAAAUUGAGAGGGCGAAGAGUCAACUACUUCUACCUAAACAGGAGGUUCCUUUCAGGGCUGUUUACGCCAAACAAGAUGUCGACCUCAAGGUGGAUUGGGAGAGCAUGCACGAACACGCUAGACACAAUGAAGUUACUGUUGCUAGCAUCUUCUAUGCCGCAUGGGCGCUAGCCUUGAGUCACUACGUGGGGUCCAGUCAUGUUUGCUUCGGUGUUGUCUUUUCUGGGCGCAGUCUACCUUUAGCGGGUGCAGCAACUGCGGUCGGGCCGUUGAUUAACACGCUGCCUUUUCAAAUACUACUUGAACCCCAGCAAGAUAUCGGUAACUACCUACGAUCGGUGUUCAAGCAUGCGGUAGAUUUGGACAAGCACCAGUGGACCAUUCCUGAGAGAGGUAUCGAGAGAGCAUUCGACUCUACAUUGAAUAUUCACUUUGAAUCGCCUAUACUCCAGCCCAGCCCCGUAGAAAUGCUCGAAGCACCCUAUACCAACGUCAUCUCGGAUCUGCCAUUGAGUGUGAACAUUCACAUGGAUGAAAACAUACAAUUAUUCUACCAUGAGCACCAUUUCAACUCAAACGAUAUGAUGAGGCUAGGGAGGCAGUUUGCCACCGCUGUUCGAACACUCAUGCGCCCGAAUCAGACUGUCCGCGGCUGUUUUCAAGCGCAACUCUCAUCAUACAAACAUGAGCUAUGGGAAAAUGGAAACUGCUACUCAAGCCUGACCUUGAGAUCGUCACCUGCUUGGGAACAAUCACUUGUCAGUCUAUUCACCGCAGUAUCUGCUACCAAUCCAACCCAAACGGCUGUAGAAAAAGGCGAAAUGACAGUUACCUACUAUCAAUUGAAAGAGAUGACAGAUAUGGUUGCCAAACAGCUUAGCUCGCACAUAAAUCCAGGGGAGGUUAUAUGCGUGCAUGCCGACCGAACGAUCAACUGGAUCGUGGCAAUCUUCGGAGUUCUGAAAGCCGGAUGUGUUUACUGUCCACUGGAUGCUGGGUUGCCCAACCAGGCAAGAAGUCAACUUUUCCAGCAGUCCGGGAGUCGGUUGUUUCUGAUAGGAGAUGGUGCUUCCAAAGAUCUAAGACCCGCUACGUGCGAAUUAUUACUUUCCGUUGAUGAUAUGCUGAUGCCUGGGUUGGAAUCGCCAUCUUUCAAGACUAAAGCUUCUCCCUACGGGCCACUCCGGUUCCCAAACCCGUCGGCGCCUGCAUACCUCUGCUUUACCUCUGGAUCCACGGGGACACCAAAAGGCGUACUUUGCUCUCAUCGUAGUUUAGUCGCAUUCCAGAAAGACUUCAACGUCCGUCUGCGCUCCCGGCCACGCUGGCGCAUUGGUCAGGUAAUGUCUCCAGCUUUCGAUGGAAGCAUACACGAAAUAUUCUCCGCAUUAAGUUACGGCUCAACCUUAGUACUCGGGGGCUCGUCGGACCCAUUUGGACAUCUUCACAAAGUCAAUGCGGCGAUCCUAACCCCCUCUAUAGCCCGACACCUGAACCCACACGACUUCCACACUCUUACGAUACUAUACCUAGUAGGAGAAGCGGUUCCGCAAGAUGUAUGCGAUAGCUGGGCUAGCAAAGUGUCAUUGUACAAUAUGUAUGGUCCUACUGAGGCAACUUGCGGAGCCACUAUCAAACGCUUGUAUCCACAACAGCCGGUCACUUUGGGCAGGCCAAAUCCAUCGACCCGAAUAUACAUCUUGGACUCCCGAAAAAAUUUAGUUCCUCCAGGAGUCAUCGGUGAGAUUUAUCUCGCAGGUGUACAAGUAUCGAAAGGCUACAUAAACAAACCCUCGGAGACACGCAGAAGAUUUUCGUCGGAUUCCAUUAUGGCGAUUGAUAGAGAAAUGAUGUAUGCAACAGGCGAUAGAGGGUACUGGAACCAGGAGAAAGAGCUGCAAUUUUGCGGUCGAAACGACAGGCAGAUCAAGCUUAAAGGAUACCGGGUCGACUUAGAUGAUAUCGAGGUUCGCAUCAAGAAUGCGAUACGCAGUUGCACCGCCGCUGCAGUGGUCUACAAUGCGCAAAAUCAAGAACUCCUUGCGCAGAUCCAGCCACAGGAUUUAGAAUUAUCCAUCGUAAGGAAGGAACUAGCCUUGAUUUUACCCAUUUAUUGUCUGCCUCGACACAUCACCGCUAUUCAGGAGCUACCUCAGACAAACGCAGGGAAGAUCGAUUACAAAGUCAUCCUGAACUCCAUGGUGACUGAGCAAGCUUCUCGUAUGGAUUCUAAGGUAUCAUCAUUAUCUCCAUCCGAUAGCCGAAUAUUGAGCGUCGUGAUCGGAAUCUGGAAAGACAUUUUGAAACUUCCACCGACUACUAGCAUAAACUCGGACUCAAGCUUCUUGGAAUUAGGGGGUGACUCAUUGUUGCAGCUACAACUAGCUAAUCGGCUCUCUGAUUACUUUGGCUAUACAAUUCCGCUUUCUUGCAUCGCGCUAUCCCCGACACUAGACGACUUGGUUCGAAACCUGAUGAAAACGCCGAUUGCCAAGGAAGAUGCAGAACAAGCAGCCAUAGAUACAUUUUCGGUUUCCCCCAUGGAAGAAUACUGGUCGGAUAGAUAUAAAACGACUGGUGGGUCACCUGCGUUCAAUGUCACUGCGAUGUUCGAGCUAGGAACAAGUGUGAAUUCUCGACAACUUAUUGACUCUUGGAAUACCAUGCUCCGUCGUCAUGAUAUCUUUCGAUGCCGAUACAUUUCGGCAGCAGGUGGAAAGCCACACAGAUCUUACCACGAUACGAGCCCCACUGUCAAUGUGAAUCUGAAGACCAUGAGCCGAAAGGAUAUACGGAAAAUAACGGAAAAGAUAUUUGAUCUGGAGCAUGACCAUCUCAUCCGCAUAAGUGCCACACCCACGCAACUGAUCAUCGUCGCUUCUCACAUUAUCUGUGACUAUAGCAGCCUCCAGACCAUGCUCGAGGAAGUCAGCCAGUUGUAUCGCGGUAUUUCUCUCGAUGCACCAAAGCAAUACUGCGACCACCAGCGAAUCAUCACCCCACCUACCACUGGUGAGCUAUCAUUUUGGGAAGACUAUCUAGGCAAUCUUCCCCUAUCUCGUUAUGCAAAUGGUCGGAAUUGGCAUGCGCCUGGCAACAAGCCUGCGGGUACUUCCCACUUCUGCCGGAUUCCCACGAGGAUUUUUGAAAGAUUGAAAGUUUUUGCAUCGCGAGAGAAAAUUACGCCCCAUCAGAUUGUGCUUGCGGCGGUGGCUCUUGCACUCCAACCAAGCGAUUCAGAGGAUAUUGACGUGGUUCUCGGAGCACCGUACCUAGGGCGCAGCCGCCACAAUGCCGAGGGGAUCGUUGGACUAUUUCUUGAGCCUAUUGCUAUUCGUAUUCGUUAUCCGGCCAACACUUCCUGCUCCGGCGGGGUACUUCCAACAGCGGAAUUACCCUCUUUUCUGAAACAAGUCCGGACAUCGAGCCAGAAUGCAAUUUGCAACGCAGUACCGUGGCACGAAGUUUUGAAGACAGUUGGAUCUGCGCGCUCUGAGUCCCAGGUCUUCGACAUCAUGGUAUCGUAUCAUCCGAACUUCGGUGCUAUGAAAAUGGCCAACGUGGAUGCACAACCAUGCUACACGUGGACUUCUGGUGCUAAGUUCAAACUAAUGGUUGAGUUCUUGGUUGUCAAUCAUAGAACUCUGUUGAUGCGCCUUGAGUAUGAGCAACAUUGUUUUGAUGAGCUAGAGAUCAGGGCUGUCAAUAAGUGUAUCAUUGAGAGUUUGACAGGCAUCUUGGGUAUCCAGGAUAAGCUCGAGAGUUCAGGUAGUGCCGCGGAGGGGUAUCAAGACGAAUCGGAAAUCUUGGGGGAGGACUUGUUCGGAAAAAACAUGGGCGAAAUAUAA